AUGGCCUUUGUAGCCGUCGGACGGGCUGCCCGGACCGGGCUCCCCCGGGCCUUGAGCCCCGGCCUGGCCGCCGCCUGCCGCCGUCGCAACUUCUCCUCGUACCUCGUCACGCCCAAGGAGCUCAGCGAGGCGCUCCAGAAGAACCCGCCCUCCCCCAUCAGCACAGACGCGCGCGUUAUCCCCCUCUGCGCCUCGUGGUUCCUGCCCAACGACGAGCGCACGGGCAUCCAGGCAUUCCGCGAGCAGCGCAUACCCAAGGCACGCUUCUUCGACAUUGACAAGGUCAUUGACAAGCGCAGCCCCUACCCACACAUGCUGCCGGACGCCAAGGGCUUCGCCGGAGCCAUGAGCGAGCUCGGCAUCCGCAAGGAGGACGUGCUCGUCGUCUACGACACCAAGGAGCUCGGCAUCUUUUCCGCACCCCGCGUCGGCUGGACCCUCAAAAUCUUUGGCCACCAAAACGUGCACAUCCUCAACAACUUUAAGCUCUGGGUGGACGAGGGCUAUCCCACCGAGUCGGGCGAGCUGUACAGCGUCGAAUGCUGCCCGUACCCGAUCCCCGAAAUCGAUGAUGCCAAGGUUGCCGACUUUGAGCACACAAAGGAGAUUGCGCUGGACCACAACAAGGAGGGCGCCGAGGGUGUGCAGAUCCUGGACGCGCGACCGCAUGGACGCUUCACCGGCCAGGCACCCGAGCCGCGCGAAGGGCUAUCCUCAGGCCACAUGCCCGGAUCUAUCAGUUUGCCCUUUAGCGAGCUGCUUGAUCCGGCCACCAAGGCGUUCCCGUCGCCGGAGAAGCUCAAGAGCAUCCUGGCAAGCAAGGGCAUCGACCCUAGCAAGCCCAUCAUCUCCAGCUGCGGAACCGGUGUGACGGCCUGUGUAAUUGAAACUGCUCUCGAGGUUGCCAACUAUGGCUCUCCAGAAUCACGAAAGGUGUAUGACGGCAGUUGGACUGAAUGGGCGCAGCGGGUGCAACCCAGUGAUAACCUCAUUCUCAAGUCUGAGUAG